AUGGCUCCUCAGUCUCGGAAGCAAAGUAUUGUUGAAGCUGCUGAAAAAACAUUCGAUAAGAAUACUUUAAUUCUUAUCGUUAAUUUACUUAUUCUCGUUGUUUUAAUGUGUCUCCUAUAUAUGGUCGCUAGUUCAGCAUUAGCUAGUUCGGCUAGAGAUGAGCACUGA